UCCUCAUAAACCCUACUCUCUGCUUUUCCCUUCCAGAAAGAGACAGAGUAGAAAUGGGUAGCGAUAGUGAAGUAGAGAAAAGCGCACAAAAGGAGAAGAGGAAGCUGUUGGCCUUAGCUCCUAUUGCCAAACCCCUUGCUGGAAAAAAACUCAACAAACGCAUCUUCAAACUUGUUCGCCGAGCUGCGGAGAAAAAGUGCUUGAAGAGGGGCGUUAAAGAGGUGGUAAAGAGUAUUCGACGCGGUCAAAAAGGAGUGUGUGUCAUAGCUGGAAAUAUAUCUCCUAUAGAUGUCAUCACCCAUGUUCCCAUCCUGUGUGAAGAAGCUGAGAUACCAUAUGUCUACGUCUCCUCAAAAGAAGAUCUAGCAAAUGCCGGAGCCACCAAGAGGCCAACUUGCUGCGUUUUGGUACAAACAAAGCCUGCCAAGGGGGAACUUAGCCAGGAGGAUCAAGAGAAACUGAAAGCAGAUUAUGAUCAAGUUGUAUCAGAAAUCGGUGAAAUGGCAUCCUCGAUGUUCUGAUUAUCAACAUUAUGAUUUUUAAGUUUGUACCUAUUUCCCCUGUACUCAGCUUUAGUAACGAAUCUAGUAUUUAAUCUUUUGAAGCUGAGCUGCACUUGUUUCUUUUUUUCCUUUUGCGUCUUUAUUCAUAUCCAAGUAUUCUCCAUUUUGUGUGUGA